AUGAUUAACCAUUUGGCGACGAAACGAUUAGGUGCGCUGGUCUACUUGCUCUUCACCUUGUGUAGAAACGCCGAGAGCGGCGAUAUCGGGAAGAUCGAGAGGAUCAACACCCCCGUGGACCGCGCCCACAGUGACCAUAUCGACCGUGGUAGCGAUGAACAGUUCAGCAAGUACAUAGGGAAAGGGUACGACAUCCUGUUCGGCUACCCGCUGCCAAACAACGAGCUUGUGGAAGACCCAGGAUUUAGAAACGAAAUAUUUGACACUAGAAAUUCUGUGGACAUUAUCAGCCAAGUGGCCUGUCACAGAGACGAAUAUUUCAGCUUCGUCGAAGGGAUCAAUGAUGUUACUCACUUAGCCAUGGAUAAUAUAAACGUUGAAAACGUUAAUACCAGCAUAGUUCCCUUCUCUGCCUCCAUGCCAUACAAAAGCUACUUUUCCGACUUAGAAAUAGGAAGGAAAAAAUACCUAGUUGUACAGAACAGCUGUGUGCACAAAUACGUCACGUACAACUUAAGAGACACCACUAGGCAUAUUAAUAGAGAGUUCUUACUGGACACGGAGAAAUUGCCCAUUUUGGAAAAGAAGGUGAAUGAAGAGGAAUGCAUGCAGGGGGGAUACCUAUGCAGUGAAAGGAAGGGACAGUGUGCAGGAAGCAUAAAACUGUGGAUUGAUUUUUUCCAGAAAUAUGGAACCCACUUAGUUGUGUCUGCGCAUUUUGGGGGGCGGUCCUUCAACUCCUUGGAAGUUUCUAGGCGUACGAUGGAAGAAGCGAAGAUAUACACCUAUAAGUACGCCCUCGGGAACGUCUCGAACUUGGACGUAUUCAGGGCGGCAUGGUUGCUGCAGGGGGGCGCCGAUGCCAGAGAAGAUAACGGUGGUGACCAUAUUCCUAAGAAGCCACACAAGCAGCUGCAUGAUCAGGCACUUAACCAACCUCCCCGCACGAAGGACAACACCGUGGGGGAGAAAAUUGCCAGCCUGGACAUCCGCGGGGGAAACCAAACGUACAACGGAUGGAACCAACUGACGUACACAGUCUGGAAGGACUCCAUUUAUACCAACCUGCUUCCAGUUCACCUGGACUUAAUUUCAUUGAGCUCCUUCAUGCGUAAGGAAAAAAAGGAAUCAUACGACAAGGCCUUGGUUUACUACAACAGCCUCUACGGAAUGGACAAGGAAAAGUACUACCUCUCACAAGACAUUAUAGAUGUGCUGGCUGAUGGGAAACAAAUAACAGGAUCGGCCAAAGGUUCGCUCAUUUUAAGUUGCCCAGUUGGUUAUGUUAAGAGCACUGGGUUUAUCCUAACCUAUGACACAUCGGAGAGGCCGAAGGCGAAGGGAUCCAAAAAGGGAGACGCAGCCAGAAUCCGUGUGUAUCCUUGCCUGAACAAGGGGGAGUACGACAUUUCAUGUUCCCACAUAAAUGAAAGCGAUUCUGUUAUUUCCUUCGGAUGGCUGUAUUGCGCAAAGUACAGUUUUGUGCAGUUCGAAACUUUUUAUGCAAAUGGAAGUCACGCGCAAGGGAAAAAAUCGCUACAGGGUAAGUGCUCAGAGGGAAGUAGCUUAGCCUUUGGAUUUAAAAUGAAGUUGGAAAAAAAUAAAAAUUUGACCAGUGUGAAAGUGAAGGCAUGUCCCGUUGGUGAAGACAAGUGUGUAAUUAGUGAUCCGAAGGCCAAUUCUGAUUACCUACUGUGGGGGUUCUGCGCCCCUUUAUCAUUUCACAGUAUUAACUCAUUGCAGGUUACAUACAUUGAAGAGUCCAACAUGAUGAACGAAGUGCAGGGUGCUUGUUCCGACAUGCACAAAAAUAAAUACGAUGACAUAUUCCUUGGGUUUUCAUUCUCCGUUGACAAUGAACUGGGGCGCGUUGAGGUUUCUCCUUGCGCGAUGAAGACAAAAUCCUGUGUCCACAAAAUGAGCACAAGGGCGACGAAGAACUACGCGGGCAUGUUCCUGUUGUGCAGAAAUGACGGUGGCGCCCGGAGGAAGUUUUCUUCCCCCACGAGGUUGGCGCAGUGA